CCAGGCUCCGCCUCCAUCUCUUCCUGUGACUCCUCCUCUGUCCAUCAGAGCUGAUGCAACAAAAGGAAGUCCUGACAUCUGCUCCAGGAAGUUUCCUGUCUUUUAAAUAUCUUCACUUUGUUCACGUCUCUAAAGUUUCUACACAACACCAGGGUGAUUCUUCUAGUGGUGGGAUUCCCUUCAACCUGACCAAUAAAAAGCAUAUAGUUUUUAUUUAUAUCCCAUAGCCAACGGUCAGUCCUUGGCAAUGGGAUGGGUUCUAGAAUUGAGAUGAAAAGCCUGAACGCUCCUCAAGACGACGACAGCUGCAGCUCCAACAGCAACGACUCUGACUCUACCCAGAGGAUUCCUCUCAAUGGGCAAUACCCAGAUGCAGAUCCAGAGAGUCAAAACUUCCUCUCUGAUCAUAACCCAAGCAAGAAGAAGUAUGAAACUGAAUAUCACCAGGGCAAUGCCUCCUUCGGCAUGUCCGUCUUCAACCUGGGCAAUACCAUCAUGGGCAGCGGCAUCCUGGGUCUGUCCUUCGCCAUGGCCAACACCGGCAUCGCCCUGUUUGUGUUUCUCCUGGUUUCCUUUGCUAUUUUCUCCUUGUAUUCUGUCCACUUGUUGCUGAAGACAGCCGAUGAAGCAGGUGCUCUUGUUUAUGAGUCACUGGGUUACAAGGCCUUUGGGAUCCCAGGCAAACUGGCUGCUUCCUGCUCCAUCACCAUGCAGAACAUUGGAGCCAUGUCAAGCUACCUCUACAUUAUCAAAUAUGAACUCCCCAUUGUCAUUCAGUCCUUUACUGGAGCAAAUGAUGGGUAAGUAGUUAAAUAUUUGGUCAUUUUAACAACUAAA